UUGUAAUUGGUGAGGACCCUCUUCGAUUCGGGAGGCUAGGGUUCUUUUUGGUUCCUCCUGUCCUCCAUACCCCAAGCUCAAGGAAGGUAAAUCUGGUCGGGAAAAAAAAAGGAAAAGGAAGAUGAGGCCAGUGUUCUGUGGGAAUUUUGAGUACGAGACUCGCCAGUCUGACUUGGAACGACUCUUCUCUAAAUACGGAAGGGUUGAGCGCGUUGACAUGAAAUCUGGGUUUGCAUUUGUUUAUUUUGAGGAUGAGCGUGAUGCUGAAGAUGCUAUCCGUGGCCUUGACAAUGCGCCCUUUGGGUAUGACAGACGCAGGCUUUCAGUGGAAUGGGCUAAGGGUGAACGUGGCAGACACCGAGAUAGCUCUAGGCCAAUGGUUAACCAGAGACCAACAAAAACCUUGUUUGUCAUAAACUUUGAUCCCAUCCGCACUAGGAUCCGUGACAUUGAAAGGCACUUUGAACCUUAUGGUAAGGUUCUUAACGUUCGCAUCCGUCGCAACUUUGCAUUUGUGCAGUUUGAGACUCAAGAAGAUGCUACCAAAGCCUUGGAGUGUACACAUAUGAGCAAGAUAUUGGACAGGGUGGUAUCUGUUGAGUAUGCUCUAAGGGAUGAUGGGGAGAGGGGUGACAGAUAUGACAGUCCUAGAAGAGACUAUGGAGGGCGUGGGGGCAGUCCCUAUAGGAGGUCACCAAGUCCUGUGUACCGAAGGGGUCGAGCAAGUCCUGAUUAUGGGCGUGUUCGCAGCCCUGUCUAUGACAAGUACAAUGGCCCUUAUGAAAGGCGAAGGAGUCCCGAGCAUGAUAGGCACCGCAGCAGGUCGCCUGUUCGGAGGUCAAGAACUUGAAAGGUAUGAAGAUGAGUGAGGGAGGGAAGACUUGAAAGUUUUUGUUUUUUGUAAAUGCUGCCGUAGUUUCAGUUGCAACAUGCAGGAGGAUAGGCGUACUGAAUUGGUGUAUUUGGUUUAGAGCGUAGUUCACUCUGUCACUCUUUUUAAAAUUUGCAUUGGUUUGGAUGGGAUGAUUUUGAUAUUUUAAAAUUGGCUGUUAUAUGUGCUUUGCAUUAUCCUUUUCUUUGUGUAUAUCUAGCACAUGAUGUUUAGUCUAAAGAUUAUGUGUUGGAAAUCUA